CGACUUUAUGACAAUCCGUCUCGCGGUCGAAGCGACUCUGCAACAUAACCCUCCGGAGCUGCAUAAAAAAAUUAUAAAGAAGAAGAAGAAGAAACACCCGGCGGCGCGUUUGCGUGCUUGCAGAGACGUGCAGGAUUGAAGAAGUUAUUCACAAGUCGCCAACUCAGCAGCAGGUUGUGACAGCCAUGUUGGUGGUGUGUUUGAGGCUGCUUUUGCUUCUCCCCCUGGUUUGCUGCGUCCCGUCCCCCUCCAGACCGCCUUCCAGACUCUGCAGGCGAUGCUGCGAUCACCAGGAAUCGCCUGCAGCCGCGGCCCAAUAUCAGAUGCCCGAGGUCCGCACUGUCAUCAACAUGACCAUCCUCAAAGGUGAUAAAGGAGACAGAGGUGACAAGGGUACACCUGGCAAGCCCGGUUUAGAGGGACCUCCCGGCCACCGAGGACCCAUGGGCCCUAAAGGCACCAAAGGCCAGGUGGGUGCACCUGGAGACGCCUGCAAGAUCCCCUACUCUUCCUUCUCAGUGGGACGCCGCAAGUCCCUGCACAGCAUCGACUACUACCAGGCGCUGGUGUUCGACACGGUGUUCGUCAACCUCCACGGGCACUUCAACAUGUUCAAGGGCAAGUUCUACUGCUAUGUGCCAGGGAUCUACUUCUUCAACGUUAACAUCCACACCUGGAACUUUAAGGAGACCUACCUCCACCUGAUGCACAACGACAAGGAGCAGGUGAUCCUGUACGCUCAGCCCAGUGAGAGGUCCAUCAUGCAGAGCCAGAGUGUUAUGAUGGAUCUGGCUCUGAACGACGAGGUCUGGGUCCGACUCUACAAGAGGGAGAGGGAGAACGCCAUUUACAGUGACGACGUGGAUGUUUACAUCACCUUCAAUGGAUACCUGGUGGCACCUAGCAUCCAGUGAGAAUGGGACAAAGGGAAUAAUGAGAGGAGUGGCAGAAUCUCUGGCUGGGAUUACUUGAUCUUUUUGCCAUGGAUACUGCUUUAUGCUAAGACAGGAGAACUAAACAGAGGACAAUACAAGUGUGGUGCUUAUUGUAAAUCCCUUUCAGCCUGGAGAGGAAUUUACUGUGCUUUCUUAAAUGAGGACUGCCCUAAAAAUAUAACAAUCAAAAGGAACAAAAAAUAGAGACAGGUAGCACAGCACACAAUUAGGAAAGAAUGUUAAAUGACUUCCUUUGCACUACACUUUUGUACAAAGUAAAUCACUUUUUCCUACUUGCUGUGCUGUGCUACUUUCCUCUUGGAUCACUCCUUUCAGGGACUUUGUGUUUUAACACAAGUUGUAUCACGUAUCAGGAAUUCUACAUCUGUGCAAUCAAUUAUGUAUCUGUGUUAUGAAUAGAGAGUUUCUGUCAGAUUAAAAUGUGUUCAGACAGACUGCUGUCACACCUCGAACAAACCAUGGUACCUUUUAGAAGAACUUCAAAGGGUCAGUUCAUCCAAAUUGCAAAAACACAUCGUCCCACUCACCUCUGAUGGCAUCUAACCACACAUAUAGUUAACCGGUUUAAUGUUAUCAACCCAUUAAAUGGCUGCUAUCAGUUGUAACCUGUGGCAUAGAUUACCUCCUGCAGUAUAUUUAUGUUUAUUGUUAGGUGGCGGUCUCUAGAAGCCUUCGUAAUAAUGAUGGGAGCAAAGGAGGAAGUAUAAAGAGCGACAAAGUCUACACAAGGAGGCGCUCAGGGUGGGUAGAUUAGCCAGACAAACACAGGACUUUCAACCAGGAGACUGCUGUUUGUGUACCGAGUGUAAUGAGAAGUCAAUGUUGAGUUUUCUUAACAUACGCAAGUUAAUUUACACAAUGCACUAAAUUUAUGUGACAUACAUAAUGUAAGUAAACUUACGUACAAAACUUAAACCAUGUAACAAACGUAAACCUUUGGUUAUGUGACUUGCUUUUAAUUGAAAAUGCAUUAGAGGGACGUUGGUAGCUUAGUGGAUAGUGCCAGCGCCCCAUGUAUAGAGGUGAUGCCACGCUCUAGCUUACAACUCUUUACUGCAUGUCGCCCCCCCCACUCUCUCUGUCUCCCCAUUUCACACUGUCCUGUAUAUUAAAGGCAAAAAGCCAAAAAAAAAUAAUCUUAAAAAAAAAGAAAAUGCAUUAGGCUACUGCUGAUGUGGGCAGGUCAGGCUUUAGUUUAGGUUAAGUAAGGUAGAUAUCUUAAAUUGUUGCGAACAUAAACAAUUCAUCCUCCCUGUGUCAGCUCAAUUGUUGUUCACCUGGAGUGUUACAGGUGUGUAACAUCAGUGGCUAAUUAGGUCAGAUUCUGCACCAUGUGCAAACACUUCUUAACCUUAAAUAUCUUCCUAAAUACAUGCUGAUUUACCAAACCAGAAGACUUAGAAUAGAGAUUUUGUUUUUUUUUUAUUAGAAGCAUUAAAAAUGGCAUUUAACAUAAUUUGGUUCUUGUCAAUAUUUUUCCCUCAGACUGUUUUCUAUUGAAGAAACAAUGAAAACUGUUGAAACUCUAAAAACAGCAUUAAAGGGACAGUGCGAUGCCAAAUCAAAAACACGUUUUAUCUCUUACCACGGCCGAUAUCUCCCACACUCGGCAUCUCACACCAAAACAAUCUUAUUUGUUUAACAGCACUAAGAAGAAAAAAAAUGUGUUUUUGAUUUGGGGAGAGGGGCGGCACGGUGGUGUGGUGGUUAGCACUGUCGCCUCACAGCAAGAGGGUUGCCGGUUCGAUCCCGGGCAUGGGAGCCCUUCUGUGCGGAGUUUGCAUGUUCUCCUCGUGUCAGCGUGGGUUCUCUCCGGGCACUCCGGCUUCCUCCCACAGUCCAAAGACAUGCAGAUUGGGGACUAGGUUAAUUGAUAACUCUAAAUUGUCCGUAGGUGUGAAUGUGAGCGUGAAUGGUUGUCUGUCUUUAUGUGUCAGCCCUGUGAUAGUCUGGUGACCUGUCCAGGGUGUACCCUGCCUCUCGCCCGAUGUCAGCUGGGAUAGGCUCCAGCCCCCCCGUGACCCUCAAGAGGAUGAAGCGGUUAGAAGAUGAAUGAAGAUGAUUUGGGGAGAACUAACCCUUUAAAUGAAAAUACAUCAUCUGCACAGCUAGGGUUAUGGGGGAAAUCACUUGUCUUUUUGUAAUUUUGGUGAACUGACCCUGUAAACAUACAACCCACCAUAUCAAAAUGAAAACUAAAGGUGCUUUAUUUCCAAAUGUAUAAAUGCAUUAGGGUUUUGAUGAUUAAAUGCAUCCUUACAGAGACUUCAAACUGCAGAGCAGUUCAUGUAAAUAGUUGUAUAAUAGCUGUCUUUAUAGCCUAAAUCUGUGCUACCACUCAUGCUGUUGGGGCUGAAUUUUGUAUGUGUGUCUGUAUUUGUAAACAGUAUUUUCUCCUUCAUUAACCAAGUCUCUUUUGUUCUCUAUCACUGAGCAACAGAAAGACACUUGAUUAUGAAAAAUAAAAAAAUUAAACAUUUUCAGAAUGAAAAAAUGAAA